AUGUAUAGGUUUGAGGGGUACUUAGCUGGAGAAUGCAUAGCCUUUUGUUUAGAGUUCCUAAAGAAUUCUGUACCCGUUGAAGAAGUACUUAACCGUAAUGAAGAUAUUCAGUCUGAUGGAAUGGUUCUUGAAGGUCGACCACUGCAAAAGGGAACAGAGCUUAUUCUUUCAGAGAAAGAUAGAGACAUAGCACAUCGAUAUGUUUUGAUGAAUAUGGCUAUUAUGGAUCCCUAUGUUGAGAAGCACUUACAAGAACUGCAAGAUAAUGAUGUUCGAUUAGCAACAAAUGAAACUUUGUUAUGGAAGCAUCACACCCAACAAUUUGCUGAAUGGGUGAAGAAUAAGAUACCUUCUAACUCAAAGGAGCAUUCUACGAAGCUGAGGUGGUUGGCCUUUGGACCAAGGUUUACUGCUCAUACCAAUAAAGGUUUUGUCAUUAACGGGAACCGAUUUCACAUACAAUCCGUUAAGCGAAAGACUCAGAAUAGUGGAGUCACUUACGAAGCUUUCAGCAUGUGUAGAUCUUCUGCAAGAGAUACAAGACAUACAGCCGAUAUGGUCACAUAUUAUGGAGUGAUAACAGAGAUCAUUCUUCUCGAUUACCACAUGUUCAGCGUUCCUUUAUUCAAGUGUGUAAUUGGGCGAACAGAGGCUAGGUUAAGGAAGAAGAUGGUAUUUUACUCUAGAGAAGAUGAAGAAUCGCCUUGGUAUGUUGUUAUGAGAGCACCACCGAGAGGAUAUCAUGAACUCGAGACAGAGGAAGACGUUGUCGGAGCACCAUUACUCGCACAGGAAUUUGAUGAUACAGAGCAAUUGUCUGAUGAUGAAAGUUUUGUGUAG